UUUUGUCAUAAUUUUUCUUUUGACAAUUCCUCCUUUCCUUCUGGAACCAUCAGGUCCACUGAAAUGUUCAGGUUCGCUAUUAAAGCUAGCCUAGCGGGCGGUGCCGUUUACUACUCCCGCCAGGAAGGAAUUUGGAAGGAAAAUACCGAUGAAGUUUACGAACGAUACUCGAAGGCACUGCAGCCACAUCUGGCGUCGGUAAAGCAGCAGCUACCUUUCGAGGUUCCAGCCCUUCCGAAGUCCGGUGAAUUGUGCUUUCUAACUUCGCACUAUUACAACCAGGGCGUGAAAAACACCAUUUAUUUCAUACAUCGUAUUCCCUGCUACCUGGGCCAGUGGACGAAGAAGGCCACAGAUGCCGUCAAAAAAGCCAUGGAUGCAUCGAGCGUUCCGGCAGCAGAGCCGGCGGCAGCCAGUCCUGCCCCGACCGCCGGUUCAAAGAAAUGAAUUUGCUUUUUAAAUUACCAUUAAUUGUUAAUUAAUGAUCAUUUCUACAAUAAAGAAUUAACAGUAAAAAGUAGAUGGCUGUCAUCUG